CCGCCUGUAACACACACGUGGCAAGCUGCUUGUUCUUUCUGAGAUAUUCGAAGAAAAGACCCCUAAACAUGGCUGAGAACGCUCCAAACAACAGUGGCAGCAGAUUGGACAACGAAACUCUGUCUAUACUUCAAACCAAAUGGUCUAGCAAUCUUAUCUCAGCCAUCUAUGUCAUUGUGACCCUGGUCAACCUCUGUGGAAACGGCCUUUCACUGUGGCUGCUGUUGGCCCGCACCUCGCCAAAGACCCCUUCCAUCAUAUUCAUGAUCAACCUUACUAUCACUGACCUCGCCCUGGGCUUAAUGCUUCCCUUCCAGAUCAUAUACCAAAUGCAAGGCUACAACUGGACCCUGGGCUCAAGCAUGUGCAACAUACUCACUGUAGUCUUCUUUGCUAACAUGUAUUGUUCCAUUUUGACAAUGACUGCUAUAAGCGUCGACCGCUACAUGGGCAUAGUGAAGGUUAUGCGCUUCAGGGAGCUCAAGCAUAACAUCAAGUAUGCAAUUUGUACUUGCAUGGUCAUGUGGGCCAUAGUCCUAGCCAUUCUCAGCCCACUCGAGACCACAGAUCUGACGUUUUAUGUUAAGGAGCUCAACAUCACCACCUGCUUUGAUGUUUUGAAGAAGGACAUGCUCCCAACAACCACACACUGGGCUGCCUUCCUGUUUGCAUUGUUUGUCGUGCUGUUUCUCUGCCCCUUCAUCAUAACAGUGUACAGCUACAUCAGGAUCAUCUGCGCUCUGGUCAACAGCUCCAAGAACAUCCAGAAAGGCCGCGCCGUGCGGCUGGCAUUCACCGUCUUGUUCGUCUUUGUCGUCUGUUUUGCACCGAACAACAUCUUGCUCCUGGCUCACUCAGUCACCAAGCUUUACUUUGACAAAUCUCUCUACAUGUACUACAAGCUGUCCCUGUCACUUAGCUGCAUCAACAGCUGUCUGGAUCCAUUCAUUUACUAUUUCGCCUCAAAGGAGUUCCGUCGAAAGAUGAGACAGAUGUUGAGGCUGCCAAGCCUCAGCACACUGGAUAAUGAAAUGACUGAUGGCCACAGAGAGAGCUUGUUCUCGGCUCGUACUGUUUCUAACGGUAACGCUGAGGAUGGAAACCUAGAGAACCGCACUACUCCGGGUGAGGAAAGCUUCUAGUUUAGAGUCCAAGGCCAUUUUUUUAACAUGUGAAUUUGCACUUGUUUCGUUAUGUGGUCUCAUGUUUUUGUUUUGUUUUGACUGUCCUCAGCAGUUAAGGGGAAGCUGGCCUGCUCAUGUGACAUUUCAAAACAAAUGCCAUGAUAUCAAUGUCGCUGUUUUCUUACUCUUCGUGUAGACAUUAUUUACAAACCUUCACAUUAAAUAUUUAAGCUUUUUGGAGCUGUUUUCAUGUAGCAUGUGAAUAUUUAUUCUGUGAUUUGCUGGGAUCACUCUAUACAAAUGUAACUGGCCAUGCUUCCCCACACUGAUUUCUUUAAAAAUAUAUAUUUUGCAGCAAAAUUUAUUAAAAUCUUUAUUUGGCAGCUAUCUAAGUUUUGCUAUUAAAUUAUAAAUAAAUUAUACAUAAAUUAUAAAUAUACUAUCCUGUAAAAAGUGUCCAUUUACCAAAUGUAACCAUUAUUUAGGGGUUUAUAUAGUAGCUCUUACCAAAGCAUUCAGGUUUAUUAAUUGUGUUUUCUUGCUUUAUUUAGUUAUUUUAUGUAAGCUUGUUACUGUAUCUCAAAUGUUUUUUCUGAUGAUUUUUUUUUUAUAUUCCAGUGUCAUAGAAAUCCCCUGUAACAUGUUUUCACAAUAAAUCCU